AUGCCGCGCGCUGCGCCCACACUCACCGCGCUGCUCGCGGCGGCGGCGCUGGCCGCCAUCUGGAGCGCCGCACCGGCGGCGGGAAAGCGCGAUCUGCUGGCGAGCCCCAAGCCGCCCUCCCCCAAGCCUCCGAAGCCCAGGCCGCCGUCUCCCAAGCCCCCCAAGCCCAAGCCGCCCUCCCCCAAGCCCCCCAAACCCAAGCCGCCGUCUCCCAAGCCUCCGAAGCCCAAGCCGCCAUCCCCCAAGCCUCCAAAGCCCAAGCCGCCAUCCCCCAAGCCUCCGAAGCCCAAACCGCCAUCCCCUCAGCCUCCAAAGCCGCCCUCUCCCAAGCCUCCAAAGCCGUCAUCUCCCAAGCCUCCCAAGCCGCCCUCUCCCAAGCCUCCCAAGCCGCCCUCUCCGCGCCCUCCCUCGCCGCCGCCCUCGCCGCCGCCCUCGCCGCCGCCCACGCCGGUCGCCUGCAACGCGGCGGGCUGGGACUACGUGGGCUACGACAAGCCGCUGUCCACCAGCGUGACGUGCCCAUCCGGCUGCACCGCCGAGUCGGGCGACGUGUACGGCACCACCACCUACACUGCGGACAGCAGCAUCUGCCGCGCCGCCAUCCACGCCGGCAAGCUGACCGACGCCGGCGGCGUGGUGACCUUCCACUACCUCCUAAUCUACCCGACCUUCGUGGGCUCCGAGCAGAACGGCGUGAGCUCGAUGAGCUACGAGGAGAAAUACGACGCCUUCGUGUUCACGCCCCCACCCCCGGCGCCGCCGUCCCCGCCGACGCCGCCGUCCCCGCCGCCCGUGCCGCCGUCCCCGCCGCCGGCGCCGCCAACGCCGCCCACCUGCUCCAGCGCCGCCACCAACUACGUGAGCGCCACCAACAACGUCACCGUGGUCACCUGCCCGUCGGGCUGCACCGGCACGGGCCUGCAGCCCUACGUCUGGGGCAUCGGCCUGUACUACGCGCGCAGCGCCAUGUGCCGCGCCGCCAUCCACGCUGGCAUCCUCACCGACGCCGGCGGCGACGUCAAGGUCGUCUUCCGGCCCGGCCAGCCGGCGGGCGCGUUCAGCAUGGCAAACACGCAGCACGGCGUCACUUCGGUCUCCUACCCCGACGGCGGCGACGGCGUCACCUUUGAGUUCGCGCCAGCAUCGUAA